GCAUUCCCUAUCCGCGUGCUCCGUCGGAAGUAGCCGUCUUUUCCCUUUCCUCCAUUGGACUGAGCCGCUGUCAGUCGUGUUCCCGGACUUCCCUCACGCUUAACACCGUCCGCCUCUCCGGCUCUCUGUCUGCUGAGACCGCCGUCAUAUUGGCUGCUAGAGCAGCAGCGACCACGGCAGAAAAGAAGACCCCCACCAUGGUGAAGAACGGGUUCUCGCGGCGCCUAGAGAAUCAUUUAGCUUUUUAAAUCAUUUGGAUUAGUAUUUAGCGAUUUAUUAUUAAACUAUUCGGGAUGAUACCAUCAAGUAUCCGCGUACCUUUAGUGCUUUCAUCCGACACUGUGGUCCGCAAGGGGGAUGUAUGCCUGACUUCUCUUAAUAGCCAUUUUCUGCAGACAAAGAGAGCUGUUGAAUAGAGCUUUCAAAAGGCACGAGGGUCCCAGGGGCUCCUAUUGAUGAAGAAAGUGGGCAACAUGUGGAGCAACCUGAAGAGCAAAUGCCAGACACUCUUUCACAACAACGGUUCAAGUGAAAGCAGGGUUGAGGCCAAUGCCGUCCACUGUGUGGUGGAUCUUGGCCAAGGAGGCAGCUCAGGUGAGGCUCAGGCACCAGGAGCCUCCAGCCCAUCACGGAGCCUCCUGCCAGUGCCAAUGGCACCAGCAGGACGCCGCCAUCACAACUGUGUGUCGGACAGCCCUCAGAUAGUAGAGAUUACAAUCGACAAGGACACUGAGGAUGUGCGGGGGAGAUCAGGGGGUGUUCCCCUGGCCCGGAGAGACUCCUAUUCCCGGCAUGCUCCAUGGGGGGGCAAGAAAAAACACUCGUGUUCCACCAAAACCCAGAGCUCUCUGGAGGCAGAUAGGCGGUCUGGGCGCUUACGGGGGAGUGGAAACCGUAGGGACAGGCGUUAUGGAGUCAGCUCCAUUCAGGAGAUGAGCGACUCUGUAUCUGGAGGACGCAGUCUGACCGCUCGGUCUUUGCGCCAGCGGCUAAGCGAUACAGUGGGGCUAUGCUUACCCCUCCCUGCUCGCAGACGCUCCCGCUCAUCUAAGAACCCUGUCAUGUCCAAACGUAAGAUUCACCUGACGGAGCUCAUGCUGGAGACCUGCCCCUUCCCACCAGGCUCAGACCUUGCUCACAAGUGGCACUUGAUCAAGCAACACACGGCGCCGGUCAGCCCGCAUUCCUCCACUGCCCUGCUGGAUGCCUUUGACCCGGCCCAGCCCUCUCCUGAGGAUGAGGAGGAGCGUCUGCGUGAGCGCCGCAGACUUAGCAUCGAGGAAGGUGUGGACCCACCACCUAAUGCACAGAUCCACACCCUGGAGGCCUCCGUGCCGGGCUCCUCUCUCCACAAACUGGGACCAAAGAUGGCUCCUGGCAUGGGAGAGGCCUCUGGGGAAGGCCGGGCCUCAGGGGCUGGCAGCUCUGCGGGUGCUGGGUCGUCAGGGGCCUGUGGGCAGGUGUUGGGGGCUGCGGCGUCGGCCCAGGACUGUGACUCUGAGGAGGAUUCCACCACCCUCUGUCUGCAGGCCAGGAGGCCCAAGCAGAGGCACGCCUCUGGGGACGGUCACCUGAGCCGGCAGCAACCUGGGCCCUGGAAGGUUCACACUCAGAUAGACUAUAUCCACUGCCUGGUGCCGGACCUAUUGCAGAUCACCGCUCUGCCCUGCUACUGGGGCGUGAUGGACCGCUACGAGGCUGAGGCGCUGCUGGAUGGGCGGCCAGAGGGCACCUUCCUGCUGCGUGACUCAGCCCAGGAGGACUACCUCUUCUCCGUUAGCUUCCGCCGUUACAACCGCUCGCUGCACGCCCGCAUCGAGCAGUGGAACCACAACUUCAGCUUUGAUGCUCACGACCCUUGUGUUUUCCACUCUUCCACCGUCACAGGACUGCUGGAACACUACAAGGACCCCAGCGCCUGCAUGUUUUUUGAACCGCUGCUUACUGCGCCUCUCCAUCGGACCUUUCCCUUUGGCCUGCAGCACCUGGCACGAGCUGCCAUCUGCCGCUGGACCACUUACGAUGGUAUAGGCUCUCUGCCGCUGCCCCCUGCCCUGCAGGACUUCCUCAAGGAGUAUCACUAUAAACAGAAAGUACGAGUUCGCUGGCUGGAGAGGGAACCGCCAUUCAAGGUCAAAUAGGGUGGGCUUCUCCAUUGCCUGUAUACACACUGCAGGAGGAUUACAGAACUUAAUAAAUUCCUCGUCAGCCAAUUAGAGGCUAUAGUGACAUGGACCUCUUUCUGGUGGGGGAUGGAAUUCAGUUGUAACAAGCUAUACAAGAUUCAUUCUAAUCUUUGUUUUAGUUAUUACUUACAUCACAGAAAAAACAUAUGAUUAUAUUCAGUAUAACGCUGUCUGGCAAGCACAUGUUUUUGUGUUGAACAGGUUGUUUUGACGGGAAGGAAAGGCACAAAUAUCAGUGCUUUGUGUCUUUUCUCUCCUGCUUUGUGCUAAAUGUCUGCCUGAUCCCACAAUAUCACCCUGCCUGUAGACCUGCCUGCAUGCCUCCUCUAUUCAUCCCAAUUUGCUAGUUAGGCCCACAUGGCUACAUUUUACAGUUCAGAUAUUAUUUUUUAUUUUAUUUUUUUUUCUUCUUCCUUAGCUUGUCAAAGCACCUAAUGGAGCACCUUGCAAGAUGGUGUGUGUGAUCUGGAGAUGCUAUUGUCAUAUUGCAGUCAGAGCUUGCCCAUGGAUAGAGCUACAUAAGGCACAUUCUUUGCUAUCUCUUUGCACGCAUGGGCAUGAGCUAAGCCAGGGACAAAUUCUAAGAGGGUCCAUAGAGUUCAGGACAGCACAUCAGGGAAAUGAAGUGCUUUCUAAGGACUAUAGAUUAGUCCUUAAAAAACAGUAGUUUCUCCUUUUUAAGCAGUAAUGGUGAAUGAUGACUCUAUCUACUGUGUCCUAUUUAGUGAGCAAGCUGAACUUGUCAACUUUAUUCCCAUAGUGCGGCAUUGCUUUCAAAACAGAAUAUUUUCUUACAAUCUGUCCCUCCUAUCAAUUCUUGCCAUUGUUACAGUUGUUGCAGCAGUCUGUCAGUCAAUGGUCUUCAUUGGCCAUAUACACUUAUGCACACAGUUCAUUUUCAUCCCUAGUGUAACAUUUGAGCAGUCUGGUGUUUUUAUGGAAUUGUGUUAUGGCUUUAUAGUGUUUUAGUUUUACACCUGCGUCCUUCAUUUAGUAUCUUUUGGUGGCAUCUGGUAUACAGAAAGCUUUUGCCCUGUGUAACCCAGUUGGUCAUUUUUCUUCACUAGAUACUUGCAACUAAGUCUUUUCAGAGGAAUUGAGGGCAUGUGUGACAAGCUUUAGGUGAAGACAGAAGAUGAAAAUUCAAAACAUCAGUGUCCCUUUUUUAAACAUGACUGUGAAUUGAUCCCCUCUUAAGGCUUGUUUGAGAAUGGGCCGUUUCAUGGGAGACCACAUAUAGUCAAUGAUCAGAAAUGGGAUCUCUCAUGAUACUUCAAAGACUUAACAAGAACCAUGUUAAAAUGUGUUGAGCUGUUUUUAUGUAGAGCCCUGUGUCACCAACAGGAAAGAAGUGAUGUAGCCUUUUCUUGGAGGUGACGUCCCCACUUAGUUUACAACUUUUAUAACUAUAUGGUUCUCAACCCCAACAAAUUCCCUCAUUGCCCGGUUGCUUUUAUAGUCCUAUAACUGAGGCAACACUCCCUGCAACACUCUCGAGAGGUUGGCAUAUCUUUGAGAGCUUUAGUUCAGUAAUUUGAAUGAUUUUAGUUGUGUUCCUUAGGACAAAAGCAAUGCUGGCUAGCCGGUCAUUUCUUUUGUGUUCUCAUUGUGAAGAGAAAAGAAGUAUAACCUAUGUGCCUUUUUUAGAUAACCUUUUAUUUUCCAUAAUCACUUGUUUUGUAGUCCAAACCGGAAACAGGAGGUGCUUCAACACAGUCCACUCGGAUGCCAUCAAAUGAGACUGAAGAGAAUAAUAAUGAAGAGGUGCAUGAGCUGUAAGCUCACCUACUUAUGGUGCACGUUAAAGUUUUUGUAACCAAUUCAAUUUCAGUGGUGCUAUGUUGGUUAAGCUAUGACAGAUUAUUGAAUUGAUACAUUGUACAUUAGUCGCAUCUCUCUCACUAAUGCAUGCAUUAGUCUCUCGCCACAUUAUGGCCUGUAUGGUAGUAUUAGGUUGUUAGCGGGUCCAAUGCCAGCCCUACUGUAGCAUAUUUCAAGAUAACGAUGUCCAGCCAAGUGUAGGUUGUACUCUGCAACUUGACAGAUCCUAAUGAGAGGGCAUGAAAGUUGACUGUUUGAUUCAACCUCUGAAGACAUUGUCCAAGUUAGCCUUUAGCAGUUAAAUAAAUUCAUCAGCAACAGUGUUUGCUCUAACUCGUAGUAGUAGUUGUAUAUGAAUACACACGAGAUGGUUAGAGAAAGGCAGAGUGGUUUCUUUUACAGCAUGUUUUUUUAACAAAUGCUGAUGAAAACCCAGCAGGUAAUGUGUAAAACUAAAAUAUUAAAGCUGAAAAACGCACAAGAUCAUGAUCACUGGAAAGCUUAAGUUCUCAAACUAGUUCAUAUUUUAGUUUGUGUGUGUAUAUCAACCCGCACAUAUGUUAAAGGUUAUUUGGGAGUUCUCAUCAGUGAGGAUGAAUCAUGAACAAAUGUCAGCGUGUUUCUUUGCCCAUGAAUAUCUGAGCCUGUGACCAAAGCGCUUGCACACAGCUACGUGUAAUAAGUAGUAGGCUAAAGCUUAUAAAUGUGCUCAAUGGUGUUAGAAUAACGCCAAAUUAUAUUUCAGAUUUACAAACUGCUGAAAGUUAGUUCUGCUCUUCUUUGUUAAUUACUUCAUAGGGGAGAACCUGGCCCUGUCAAGCUCACACCUACACCCUGAAAUUCAACACUGAAAACCUCUCUACAAAACCAUUAUCGUUUUUUUUUUUUUUUUUUUUUUUACACUUGUUUAUCAGGCAGGAAACAAGACCUAUUUCUCACUGCAUUGCUGCAUUGAAAAUUAAUCAGAAUUUAACGGACAUUUCUUCCCAAACGUUUUCCACUGCCCUGCACUUUGUUCUCAGAAAGCUUGAAUAUCGCAUGUUAAUCCUUUGUAUGUGUUAAGAGUGGCAGGAGUGAGUUUUGACAUUUGAGUUGCUUGUAUGUGCACUUUCAUAAUUCAGGAUUUUUUAGCAUCCACACUGUCAAAGAAAUAGAUAUCUAUUUGAAAACCCACACACGCGCACAGCAUAUUAUCAUGCUCACGGUCACCUGCCGAUCAUGCUACUGCAUAGCAAUAGCAUACAACUCCUUACAGUGCCCCACCCCACUUGCAGGCACUAAUCACAGGCUAAUUUUACCAUGUUGGGUUAUAAAUUUACUGGGUACUAAAAGGGCCACUCUGUGUUGCCUCAUGGCUGCUGCGUGGCUGAAGGAGGCCUUUUUUUAUUAUUGUAUCCAACUGCUCUCUCUCUCCAUCUGGCCACAUCCCUAACAUCACUGGCCUGAUGUGGAGGUGACUGUGGUGUAGAAUGAACUAAAGCCUGUUUGUCCUACCCUCUACUCUCCACCUAACCCUGUUGGGGCAAUGUUAGGCUGAAGUUAACAUUAAGGAGCCAGGAGGAGGAGAGAUGGAGCUGGCUCACAGAGAGCCGUGGCUUCCUGUUGUGGCAACGGCUUGCUCACAGAGAGGGCGAUGGAUUUGUUGAAGUAAAAUAGCACUUUAAUUGUGUAUUUGUGUUCUACAGUGCAGUCUGCAAGUAUUAGGACAGUGACACACGUAUUUUUUUAUAUAUAUAUAUAUAUAUAUAUAUAUAUUUUUUUUAGUUGUGUCGGCUCUUUACUCCAGCAUAUUGGAUUUGAAAUGACCGUUGGCCUUAGUGACAAUUUAAGGCUUUUUAUUCGCAUCCAUAUUGGGUGAACGUGGUAGGAAUGUGCUGCUUUUUGUACAAAGGCUCCCACUUUUAAACCUAAACUUAAGUCAUCACACUUAGUAUUUGGUUGAACAUCUUUAACAAUCAGUCACUGCUGACUUCUGUAUUAAACAUGAGCAGACACUUUGUCUAUGGUGAUGUUCUGCGAGGCCUGUAACUGCCGUCAUCUAUAUUCUUGCUUGUUUUGGUCUUUUUUUUUUUUGCCAUACUGGUCUUAAGCAAGUAAACCCCCCCCCCCUCAGUCGUACUGAGGUCAGGUGACUUGGCCAGUCUAGAACAUUCUUUAUUGGUUUUCUUGUCUGAAUGUAAAGCAUCACUGUUUGCCUGCUUGGACUGAACUUGGUGAAUUGCAUAUGAAAAACAUACUUUACUUGAAGGUAUCUACAUAAGAGUGACAUGACAGUGUCAUGUCACUCUUAUACCUUCAAGUAUAGUGUUGCCAAAAGAGCUAGGAUUCCCACUAAACAUCAAAUCUGGUUCUGAACACCCUAAAAGCUGAGAGUUGGCACUUUUAACCUUUUUUCAUCACCAAUAUGCUGCACUACAGAGCCAAAAAUGAAAAAUUCCCUACUGUCCAAAUAUUUCUGGACAGCACUUUUUUGUGUUUUAGCUCAAAAUGGCGAGACUCGUGUGAGUGUUAAGAAAAAGCCAGCGGUCCUGAAAUAUUUCACUUACGUUCAGGCAUUGUAAGCUGUGUCGAUGGGAGUUGUAAUUGUCCACCAUGCCGCAGACCCGGCGCAUGCCCGUGUGUUGUGCGAAAGUAUGUUUAGUGUAUGGACAGAGCCACACGGAGGGUUCCAGCGGAGGGGAUGCAGAGUUGACUGUGAGGGGUGAUGACAGUGACUCCUAUGAACGAUGCCUCUCUGCCCCCUGUCCCACCCCCCACCCCACCCUUUUUCUCAGGCAGGCCCAUUGCGAUGAGAGUCCCAGGACCCUCUCAACCCAGUUUUCCCCAUGGGAAAUAUCUGACAUUAACCGUAGCACAUGUUUGCCAUAUAACCUGUAGAUUUAGGAGGGGGGGGGGGGAGAAAAAAACAAACAUUGUAUGUAUGAUGAAUGAUAGUUACGUUAUAGGAGCCUGAUGAAAAGACGUUUUAUUCUUCUGUGGUGCAUUAACCGUCUCGAACACAUACAUUUGCACACACUUACUAUCACACUUCUUCUGACACCUGCACUACCCCCAGGUAUUGACACACAUCCACACCCUUCCACCACCCCACCCUAAGCCAGGGAUGUGUAAACAUGGACCACAUUUAGCCAGCACCACCUUUCUGUGUUACCCCCCCAUCCCAAAAAAAAAAAAAAAGGGAGAGCAAAGAUCGGUGUUUACUUGUAUAUUCUAUUCUUAAGAAAAACAAAAUGCCAUGAAUUGAACUAUUUUGACCUUACGUUGUCCUUAGUAUGACACUAUUUAGCUGCACUAUGAGAGCCUCGGUUGUGGCAAGAAACCACUGGGUCUGGUCUGGAUGAGAGAGACGGGCUGGUUGUGUCACUAGAUGUCCCACUAAACGACCUCAACACCAUGAUGAUGAAGGACUCCUACCCCCCCACCCCACCUCGGUACGACUCAUGGUUUCAGCUCUUAAGAGGACAAACAAAACAAAAGAUAUUUUAAACAUUCUUUUCAUGCUCCCAUAUAUAUAUAUAUAUAUAUAUAUAUAUAUAUAUAUAUAUAUUUUAGAAAGCUGGGUUAAGUGCUAUAUGCAAACAGAAAAAUAUGUAUGAAAGAAUUAUUUUUCAUUAUUACUUCUCCCUAAUAUGCAAUGGAGUGUAGUGUAACAAUGGUUGCAAUCCUCUGUCACUUUAAUGCUGUAUGUGCACAUUGGUUGCUGUGUGGAUGUGGGUGCCGAGGCAACGGGACUUGACAAUGAUGGGAACUAAGGGUUGUCUUCUCUGCUGCACCGCCGUGUUCCCAGACUGCCUUAUUCGUUCUGACCUAUCACAAGAGCCCUUUUUGAGUCCCGGGCUGCAGCCACUGCCACAGGCUGGCCAAGCUGUCGUCAGACGAAUAUCGCAGUUCCAUUUUCCUCUGCUUUUCUUUGCUUUUUCUUUUUUCUUCCCCCUCCCCCACCCCACCCCUUUUGCUGUCAGGUAGGAUUUGGAGCGUGUAAAUGGCCUAAUCAUGUUCACAUUUCACUGUCUGUUCUGUGUAUCUACUUCACCAUUCAAAGAGGAAAAAAAAAAAAACAGUUGUUUUCCAGUAUAACCUGUUCAUUUUUAAGAGCCGUAUGAUGCGACACUUGUAGCUGUCACUCUUGGUGCUUGGCUUAUGCUUCAUUGUCUUAAUAUUCCAAAUAAAACUGUUAAGUGUAAUCCACACUGGCCCAUGAUAUAA